UAAGAUGAUCUGUCGACCUCCAUUCAGAGUUGUUAUACCCAGUGGAGAACUGGCUCAGAUCCAACAGUGGGUACGCAAAUACCCCAACAUAGAAACAGGAGGAGAUCUAUUUGGACUUUGGUCACAAGGCAACACCGCCGUCGUGCAGCUUGUGCUUGGUCCAGGAAAAAACAGUCGUCGCACAUCGGUGUCCUACUGUCAAGAUCCAAACUACCUCGCCAAGGCUGGCUCUGUCUUGACCCAGAAGUAUGGUCUUUGUCGUAUUGGUGAGUGGCACUCUCAUCACACACUGGGCUUGGCUCAACCAAGUGAUGGGGACGAAAAGACGAUUUGGAGUAACAUGCCUAACAACGGCUUCAAGCGUUCUGUUAUUUUCGUUGCAAACCUGGACAACGCGCUAGAAAUUUAAGCAGGAAGUCGAAGCUAGGGGGAGAUCUUCCAGUGGGUUUGGGAUGCUUUCUAUUUGAAGUGAAAAAUACCCGGACGUGGGAACGCUACGACAUGAUGCAAGGAUGUUUUGACGUCACUGAAGGACAGAGUGUCUUUAGGCAGCUAGGAGAUCUGUCACUGAUGAUCAAUGAUGGUGCUGAGUCGAUCAACAAGUAUCAUAAAGUAGCUAUAAUGGAUAUACAACAGGAAUCGAAGAGGCACCAAGGCAACAAUAUACUGCUCUACAACAUAGACGUGUAGAAUAAUGACGGGUUGCGCAUGCGUGCGAGACGUACUGCUGCUUGGUUGUGUUAGAGUUAGUACCGUUCUUGUA